UCCAGGAGGUACCCAAGUCUCAGUGGCUCCCCGGGCCGGUGUCGCCCGGCGCUGACAGCAGGCAUCCGUCGCCGCCGACCACCGUCGCCUUCUCCGCGCCUUCCCGCCCCGGCCCGGCGCCCUCCUUCCUUCUCCAGGGCGCUCGCCCUCUCGCCCUCUCUCCGGACGCGCGCUCCCGCUCGCUCCGGACCUGGCGUCUGAGCCGCGCGGGAGAGCCGGCCGGCCCCUCGGAGCAGGCGCAGGCGGCGGGCCGGGGGCGCCCGCGGCCGGGGCAGCAGCCCCGCGCCCUGCGCCCCGCGGAGAGGGCUGUGAUUGGAGCAGGAGCCCGCGUGCGGCCGGCCGCAGAGGGUGCCGAGCGGGCGCCGCCAGUCCCCCGCGAGCGCCGAGCUGCGCGCCCCGGUUCCCGAAGUGCCCGCGGACGCCCGGCUGCGAAGCGCGCGCCCCUUUCGGAUGCAAACACCCGGGUCGCGGGCGCCGGACGCCGCCGGGAGGGCAGCGAGGCCCCAGGUACCUAUCACACCAUUCUCUGGCGAAGGUUAUUCAGCAGCGGUGACCCCUCGCAAUCGAACACUCUGCAAAUUAUUAUCUCUGGACUCCCAGCGGACACCCUGCCGGAGGCAAGAGCUCCUAAGCCAACUGGAACUGUGCCUUUUCUCUUGUCAAGGUUUUUUUCUUACACAGGAAAAAGAAAGAAAAAAAAAAAGAUGAAGUUGGGCAAAGUGGAGUUCUGCCAUUUUCUGCAGCUAAUAGCGCUUGUCCUGUGUUUCUCUGGGAUGAGUCAAGCAGAGCUCUCCAGGUCCGGAUCAAAGCCCUAUUUCCAAUCAGGGAGGUCCCGAACCAAGCGCAGCUGGGUGUGGAAUCAGUUCUUUGUGCUGGAGGAAUACAUGGGUUCAGACCCUCUCUAUGUAGGAAAGCUUCACUCUGAUGUUGAUAAAGGAGAUGGUUCCAUCAAAUACAUCUUGUCAGGCGAAGGGGCAAGUUCCAUUUUCAUUAUUGAUGAGAACACGGGGGAUAUUCAUGCUACCAAGAGACUGGACCGGGAGGAGCAGGCCUACUACACGCUCCGCGCCCAGGCGCUGGACAGGCUCAGCAACAAGCCUGUGGAGCCCGAGUCCGAGUUUGUUAUCAAGAUUCAGGACAUCAACGACAACGAACCCAAGUUCUUGGACGGCCCGUACACGGCAGGAGUUCCCGAAAUGUCUCCUGUGGGGACCUCAGUGGUACAAGUGACAGCAACAGAUGCCGAUGACCCUACGUAUGGUAACAGUGCCCGAGUGGUCUACAGCAUUCUGCAAGGACAGCCAUACUUCUCAGUGGAGCCAAAGACAGGAGUCAUCAAGACCGCCCUUCCAAACAUGGAUAGAGAGGCUAAAGACCAGUAUUUGCUUGUUAUUCAGGCAAAGGAUAUGGUUGGUCAAAAUGGAGGACUCUCAGGAACUACGUCAGUCACCGUGACCCUAACUGAUGUCAAUGAUAACCCACCUCGCUUUCCUCGAAGGUCUUACCAGUAUAACGUCCCAGAGUCCUUGCCAGUGGCCUCCGUUGUGGCCAGGAUCAAAGCGGCUGAUGCAGAUAUAGGCGCUAAUGCUGAAAUGGAAUACAAAAUUGUGGAUGGUGACGGACUGGGGAUUUUCAAGAUUUCUGUUGAUAAAGACACCCAGGAAGGCAUCAUUACUAUACAGAAGGACCUGGAUUUUGAAGCCAAAACAAGUUACACACUCCGGAUAGAAGCUGCAAACAAAGAUGCCGACCCUCGCUUUCUAAGCCUGGGACCAUUCAGCGACACGACAACGGUGAAGAUAAUUGUGGAGGAUGUGGACGAGCCCCCCGUGUUUUCCUCACCUUUGUACCCCAUGGAGGUGUCAGAAGCUACCCAAGUUGGAAAUAUCAUUGGCACUGUAGCAGCUCAUGACCCAGAUUCUUCCAACAGCCCUGUGAGGUAUUCAAUUGACAGAAACACAGACUUGGAGAGAUACUUUAAUAUUGAUGCCAACAGUGGAGUUAUUACAACUGCCAAAUCUUUGGAUCGAGAGACAAAUGCUGUUCAUAAUAUCACAGUUCUUGCAAUGGAGAGCCAGAAUCCAUCUCAAGUCGGAAGAGGCUAUGUGGCCAUUACUAUACUUGACAUCAAUGACAACGCCCCCGAAUUUGCUAUGGACUAUGAGACCACUGUGUGUGAAAAUGCCCAACCAGGGCAGGUUAUCCAGAAGAUCAGUGCUGUGGAUAAAGAUGAGCCAUCCAAUGGACACCAGUUUUAUUUCAGCUUGACAACUGAUGCAACAAAUAACCACAACUUUUCAUUGAAAGAUAACAAAGACAACACAGCUUCCAUUCUCACCAGGAGAAAUGGCUUCCGGAGACAAGAACAAUCUGUUUACUAUCUGCCGAUCUCCAUCGUGGACAGCGGAUCGCCUUCCCUCAGCAGCACCAACACCCUCACCAUCCGCGUCUGCGACUGUGAUGCCGACGGGAUCGCUCAGACCUGCAAUGCCGAGGCCUACGUUCUACCCGCCGGCCUCAGCACAGGAGCCCUGAUUGCCAUACUCGCCUGUGUCUUGACAUUGCUGGUGUUGAUCCUCCUGAUCGUCACCAUGCGAAGACGGAAAAAAGAGCCUCUCAUUUUUGACGAGGAGAGAGACAUCCGAGAAAAUAUCGUGAGGUACGACGACGAGGGGGGCGGAGAGGAAGACACGGAAGCGUUCGACAUGGCCGCCCUGAGAAACCUGAACGUCAUCAGAGACACCAAGACUCGGAGGGACGUGACUCCAGAAAUUCAGUUCUUGAGUCGACCCACUUUUAAAAGCAUCCCAGACAACGUCAUUUUUCGAGAAUUUAUCUGGGAAAGACUGAAAGAAGCUGAUGUGGAUCCCUGUGCGCCCCCCUACGAUUCCUUGCAGACGUACGCAUUUGAAGGAAAUGGCUCCGUGGCCGAAUCCCUCAGCUCCUUGGAUUCCAUCAGCUCAAACUCUGACCAGAAUUAUGACUACCUGAGUGACUGGGGGCCUCGCUUUAAACGACUUGCAGAUAUGUAUGGAACCGGCCAGGAGAGUUUGUACUCAUAGCCCUGGGACCUUAAUUUGAAAUGUACUGAAGAAAAAGUAAAAGCAAAAAAACAAAAACAAAAACAAACAAACAAAAACUCAACAAAAACAAAAAAUGACAAAAAAAAUCCCACUCCAUAAAGAAAACAGGAACUCGACUUACUAGAGAAAACGGUUGUAAAUAUCUCUCCAUUUUUAACUGUUUAGGUUUUUGCCUUGGUGAAGCAUAACUUACUUCAUUAGACUUAUCCAAGGGACUGCACUGACCACAGACUCUGAGCAUUGGAAGGCUUUUUGAUAAAACGAAAUGCUCAGUGGUUUGUGAAUAGAUAGCAACUCUCAGAUACCUGCAAAGCACCUAACCUCGAUGAGUAAGUAGUGGCCUGUGUUGUCCGUGAACCAAGCGUACCCUGUACCUACCUUCACGGCACUGCCCAUGAGAAGAACACAACUCGAUGAGCCAUUGAAAAGUCCUGGAACUUCUUGCAUAUCAAAACUUGGGACAAAUUUAAUUUACAGUGAUGCUUUUAGCUUGCUAGAUUAUAGAAUCCAGCAGCAUUUUAUUGCUGUUGGGUAGCAAAUAUAUUUCAUUUAGCAAUAUAUAAAUUCUUAGAAAAAUCUCCCCAAACCUCCAACACAAGCCAAUAAAAUUUGGUGUAAGGCAACAUAAACUGUUGUUUUGCAAACAAAUUAUGAAGUGUUCCAAAUAAGAAAAAGGUCAAUCAUUCUUAAAGUUUGCCAUCAUUUUGAGAUGCUUGUGUAGGUAUGAAAAAAGUUGCUGUCUAUUCAUUGAUGUUGAUUAUCUCUUCUGAUUUAUACAGGAGACUAUCUUUCCUUUCUUUUUUAUUUGACACGUGGUGUUCUAUUUAUUUUGGAGCUCCCAUCUCCACUGAAUUCAGGUCCAUCUGACUGCCUCAUAGCAUUCAACUCGUCAGAACAUGCUGAUUUUUCUCCAGUCUGAGCUACAUGAAGGAAAGGAAGCAUGGAAAUGGAGAAAAAAAUAGUCGAGCGGUUGAGCUUUGCUGCUGUUCACAUCUCAGACAGGAGCGCAGCGACAAGGACAUAGAAGUCGUUCAUCUGAGCCAUUAGAAUGUACCAAACAGUGGAACAAAAUAUUUGUAUUUUAGAAAGGUUUCAGAAUUGAUUUUUUUUUUGAUGCAAGAUUUUUCAAGGUCAUAAGUUCUAUAUGCUCCAAAGACUUUUGAGAAUUUGUUUUCCCCAGCUUCCUUUACUAUAAACAGAUUGAGUAAAAGACCUUUUUUUUUUUUCACUAUAGCUUAAACAAUGUAAUGCUAUAGAUUUCAAAAAUCCAUCUUUAAAUUCUGAUGCUAAUUUGUUCCUCAAGAAUUAACCAAGCAAUGUAGGAUUUCUGUACUGGUUUAGAUGUGCCAAAAUGAGAAGAGCAAUUUCCAGUGAUCACGUGCUGAAAUUUGAGACAGGCUUCUUAGGAUAAGAACUUUAUGACUAUAAUAGUUCCACCUAUCAUUUUUUUCCUGGAAUAGCACUAGUUUAGUGUACAUAUAUUUCAAUAAGAAUGGAUUUUUUUCUUUCAUUUCUCUUUUUAAAAAUAAUUUAUCAGGUUCCUAAUAAAUCUACAGGUAGUGGACACUGUAUAGGAAACUACAUUUUAAAAGUGCUUCUUUCUGAAAGGCAAACACUGGAAUCAGAAUAUCAAUAUUUUGAUUACAUGAGGAGAAACUAGGAUUCUGUAAACUUUCAGUUCAUCUUUAGAAAUAAAGUACGUGAACGUGGCCUUCAGCUUCAUCAAACUAAAUAAUUCAAUAAAUCUGAUUAUCUACAAACAGUCCUUUCAUUUGAAUAAAGUUUUGUAAACAUUGUUUCAGGUCUAGAUAGAUAUGCUUCUUGAUGAAUUAAUAUGCACAUAUAUGAAAAACUCCUAACAGUAAAAGAUUCUGUUCAUGACUUUUAGUCACAUAUGUAAGUUUUUCAAAUAAAAAAAAAAAUACAUAGUACACUUACCCAGUUCAAGAAAAACAGAGUGUGGUGUAGGAACUAUAUAGGUGUUAAAUCAACAAGGUGCUGAGAAAACAGUUUUGUAAUAAUCCCCUUGUUGUCUGCAGGAAGAUAAAAUAGUUUAGUACAUUUGGAUUAUGAUGUCAAAACUGCUGAUCAUUGCACAUAUCACUAAAUGGAGGUUUGAAUGUAUUAUAGAAAAGAAACAUCACAUCAUUCACCGAUUCACCUGGCUUUUUCUUGUUUUCAAGUAUAUAUAUUUUUUUUUCUUUUUUUUUUUUCUUUCACAUUUGCCGGUCAUAGAUUGGGAAAAGAAAAGCUCAAAUUUAAAUAAAGAUUUGAAAUUCUUGCAUAUACCCAUUGCUCUUUUAUGUGUGAACAAUCACAUCAAUACAGAAUAAACGUGCUUCAGUGGUAUUUUUUCAAAAUGCUUGAGAUGGCUGAAAGAAUGUCCCUAAUUUACAGGAUAUUGAUAUGAAGCACUCUAGCUAAGCCUACUGGUAAUAGAAGUGAAUUGGUUAUUUUUGUUUUCCUUUUUCUUCUAAAAUCUAAUGCUAUGUAUGAUUAUCUCCACAGAAUGUGAGAGGCACUGGAAUAGCUGAUUGAUAAAAUCAAGUUUGAACCUAGUUAGGACAUUCUCUAAAAACAUUUAUAUAAAAACCUUUAUCUAGUUACUAAAAUUCAGUGGUAUCGAACCAGCUAGAACCAGCUCCUAAGAACCAAUGACCUACAUCUCUUCUCAACCCUCCUUCUAGAGAGAUUAUUUUGGUGGAUUGAAGUUAGCCAUGGGGUAAUAUUGAGACCACCAUGGAAAGCAGCAAACACUACCUGUUUUUCCUGGAGAGCCAGUUUUUAAAUAUUUACCAACAUUUCACUCCUUGUAUUGCUUUGUAAAGGAAACCUCAUGACAGUAAAUAUAGUAGGACUAUAUAUUUGAUAUUCGAUAGAAUAUCAAAUAAUGACAUCAAAGAAAUGUAUGCUCUAUCCUACUCCUAAACAUAGAUGCAUAUAUACUCCAUAUUAUGAAGUCCUUGGAGCUACAAAUACAAAGGCUCCACUUCAUUGUGGGAAGUAAAGGCUUAAUAAUUUCCAGGGAAGACUGUAGUAUGGGAAGCCAAUAAAUUUAAUAUUUUCCAUUUGUCCAUCUGGGGCCACCAUUAGAAACAAGGUGCACAAAGUAAUGCAUGUUUUUGCCACUCUAAUUUCUUAAAAAUGUUUGCAUUUUACUUGUUACCGUCCAUGUCAAGGAAGUAUGCCCAAGCCCCAAUUCUGAAUUAUCACUGCAUAAUUCUAAAUCAGCAUAAAGACUAUGCAAACUAAAUCUUAUCAAGAACGUGGGCAUUUGCAGAUCAAGCCUAAAUUAUCAUUCUAGAUUCACAGAUCAAUUUCUAUGUUAAAGCAAUACUCUAAGGUCAGUGGCAGACCAAAAUUAAGGAGACAACAAGAAAAGAUCACCUCUGUGAAGGCAAUGAGUAGAUCUUUCUGUGAGCCAUUAGCUGAAGCUGGUAAACUUCUUUUUUUGACUGGAAGCUCACACCCGAGGCUGACCACAGUGGGGUUAGGUAAAUGAAGGACACAGACAGGAAGCAAUCAUAUUUAGGUAAUGAUAGCUGCCUUUUCACUCUGCCUUCUGAGGAUGUUUUAAAAUUAAAAUUUUAGCUUCAUGCACAAUUACGUUUACCACACUAACGAUGAACAGGCACUGGCAAUUAUUCUCAUAUAAAAACUGUAGUUAUAUAAAAUAUGAGUGAUAUUUGUGCCCAAAGAACUUCCAUGUAAACAGACUUGUUACAUCCAAAUUUAAAAUUUAAAAUUUUAAAUCUAAAAUUUAAAAGCUUAAAAUAAGUUUAGAUAUAUUGCAAGAGGCAAAAGCAAUCUAAAUAUUUUAAAGUUUUUAAGCACUAGCUGUAAAUACUAAUCUUCAAACUUUCAAUCUUGACAUGAUUGACUUACAGACUGUUUUAAUUAACCUAAUUGUUUUUAAAUCACUAUUCAAAGGUUUAUUUACAGUUGAUCUAAUUAAAGUUGAUAAUAAGAAAGCUCCAACUUUUAACUCUUUCUGUUCAGGGAUGGCUGGAGGCACAUACAGUAUAUAUGACAAUAGAGAAGGAAAUUCAUUUUCAGUUAUUACACAGUUUUUAAAAAUUAUCAAUAAUGUAUAUUUGUAUGUACGGUGGUAUAUGAAAGGCUGGCAGGCACAACUAACGCAGAAAUGUUAGCUAAUCAUCAACAUAACCAAAAGAGCAAGAAGGAGUAAUAGCAAAUACAUUUUGAGUGUAAUUGAAAUUGUUUCAGAGGAGUGGGAUAAGUCCUCAAGAAAAAUGGGAGUUAUUUGACUCUGCUUCGGCAGCCAUUGUAAAGUACAACUCUAGGGGCAAUGUUUCAAGCAAGAACAAGGCAGCCAGUAUGUAUGGCAUUCUGGCACUUUUUCAUCGUUAUGUCAGCUUGUACAGGCGCAGAGUUAAACUGCAAAAGGUCAUGUGCCUGUGUGUGUAUGUGUGUGUGUGUGAUGGGAAGGCAUUGGAAAAUAUGUCCAAAGCAACAUUAAAAAAAAAAAAAACUGGUCCAAAAUUAUCUUAUGAAUGUCAAUAUAUUAUUGUCCUUUGGCAAAUUAUGGAUACGCCAUAAGACCAGACUCUCUGAUAUUGACUGAAGGGAGAAAUAUUUGCUUUAAAAUUUUAAUUUAAUUUAAGGAGAAGAAUUUUGGUAUUAAGGGGAAAGCAUUUAGCUGAACUAUCUAAAUAAUUGUGUUAUUUUAUUUUUAUUGUGUAGAUGUGAUUUCACUGUUCUCACAGACUAUGGAGUUUGAAUUAUUUAUUAUGGAAUGUCACUGAGCUUUGGCCUUGACUCUCAGUGUGGUUACCACGAAGUAGCCCUGCUCUGCGGUUAUAAAAUCUGGGUCAUAAGCCAGUUCUAGCACAUUUUUGCUAUGCCCUGGAUGCCAUUCUAAUUCUCUGAACCUUUAUAUCUUCAUGAUUAAAAUUGAGUUAAUUACUAUCCUGUUGCAGAGGCUUGUGAGCUGAUUAAGUGAAAGUGCUGUGUAAACUGUAAAAUGCUGUAAAAAAUGUAAGGCUUUAUUAUGGAAAAUUAUGGAAAUUAUAUAAUAAGGUUGAUUAUAUGUAUUGUUAUAUGGUAAACACAGAUAAUUUCUGUUUUUGGAAAUGUGCAUUAAGGAAAAAAAAAACCAUGCAAUUAGUGUCCUAAAUUGGGAAAGAAUUUUCAGAGACAAUUGGCAUAAUUGAGUGAAGCCACUACUCAAAAACAAUCAGUUUUAUGAGGUCUUUAAACGUUGGGGUCUAAUUCAAACCAGUUCAGUCACUAUUCAGAAUUAAGGAUAUCAGAUGCUCGAGGGAUUACAAGUAAGGAACAACUAUUUCCCACUCCUGAUCCUGACUGAGUAGAAGAUGAAGGUCUUUAGUUGAUCCCAGCCUCGUUACAGAAAACAAAUUCAUGGGAGCCGAGGAGAUCUGUUGUAAGACAAUAAUGAAUGUUAGUUAAGAAAUCUUCCAGACAUUGGAGGAAAUAGACCAGAGGAACUAGAGUGUGACCCUAGGGAGUUCCAAGUUUUUGUCAGUCAUGAGUGGCAGAUGUAUAAUUAACAAUUUAUAGAUUUCAAGGAACUAAGUACAAUAAUAUUGACUUAACAUGAAAACUAUCCUGUACUCUUGUUUUGAUGACUUCAAAGUACUUCCAAUAUCUUAUAGUAGCUUACUUUAACCUUUUAUAAAUGAAGAUGCCAUCAGAGAUUAAAAAGUAAUAUAGAUAGGAUACUAUUGCUUUGUCAGUGAUAUCUACUCAUAAAAUGAGUAUUAAUAAACUUUCUACUCAACUUUAGAUAUUAGUUAUCUGAUUAUUUGAUGCUCAUCCGAACAAUUAUAAACAAAUACAGCAAUAGCUAUGUAAAGAUUGAGAAUGUUGAGAAGUAUAGCAUACUCAUACCCAAAGAUGUUAACUCUUACAUUUUUAUCGCAUUAAUUUGUGAAAGAAUGGUAAUGGUUUUUAUUUUUAUAAGCUGUAAAAAUGAUAUGCUUCACCCCUGUUUUAUGCUGUAUUUUUUUGUUAGUAAACACUAUUUUUUAAUACCAAGAUCUGACAUAUGUAGUAUGCUAAAUGUGUGAUCAAUACUUCAAAAGUAAUCUUUUUAAAGCAGAUUAUAUCACUAUACAGCAGUUGCAUUUUACCUGUAAUGAUUUUAAAGGCAAAAAUUGAAAAGGAAUAAGAGCUUACUAUACAAAUUUAAUAUAUAUUAUGUUUCAAGUUGCAUAUAUAUAUUGAGUAUUAUAGCAUAUGCACACACACACAAUCUGAGGCUAAAUGCUAACCUGAAACUUUUAUCAUUUUUUUAAAGAUAAUUAUGGCUACUAGAUACAAUCUCUAAAAUCAGAUUACAUGAGAAUGCUGAAAAUGCUACUGCAUAUUUGUAAAGCUGUUCUUUACUAUAGAUUCCAGAAUUUUUUUUACAAAAGUUAGAGAAAUGAGCAAUUUGUAUAAGUAAAAUAUACAGAAUAACUUUCAAUGAAACUGUUAGUGCAUCUUUAAGAGGCCCUAUUAUAUUAAAAAGAAUUGGAUCCUUUUUUUCUGCAAUGUUUUUACUUACACAAGAGUCACUUGAAUAAAUUGACAUAAAAUAGUUUUUUAAAUGCUAAUUCAAUUAACUAUAAAAAUCAAUUUUGAAAAUGUAGUUCCAUUUAGCCUUGGAAAUGAGACAUCAAGUAAAACCUUGAGGUCUGAAUGUAUGUCAGAACCUGAAGAGAUGAUUUUUGUUCAACUCAAGCACUAUCUUUCAGGCAGCUAGUCUGCUAGAGUACUAACUAUUUUAGUUUUUUUGUUUGUU